AGUUUACUUGUAGAUCGUUUAAUAGAUCUAUCAUUUGAAGUUUUCGAUCGUUUUAAAAUGAGUUAUGCAGGUCUACUUUUUGGAAAUUUGGACGAAGAGGGACAACUCGAGGGUGCUGGUUUCGAUGAAGAAAUUCGAGAAAGUUUGCAAAAAGUCGCAGGAGAAACUGAUGUUUUGAACGAAAUUUUUUCAGUUCGUUCAUUGGGUAUUGAUGAUAAAGAGGAGGAUGAUGCAAUAAAAAGUGAAAUAUCAACCCAAACUCCGGUACAAACCCCUGGUGACUCAAGCAUUAAACCUGAGGAGGAUGCAAUCGAUUAUUCAGAUUUCAAUGAACUAGCUGAUGAAACCAUGUUUUCAGAAAAAUAUUAUCAACAAGGGGUUAAUAGUGUUAUAAACAUCAAAAGAUCAUUAUCUUUUCCGCCAUUACAACUACACAGUUUAGAGUCAACUGGAAAAGAAAACAUGAAGCAAGAUACGUUACAAACUAACGAUAUUCAUAAAAACUUUUCAGCUACUGCUCCUUUAAACGAAUCUCAAAAAGUUGUAAAGCAAAGCGAUGAAACAAAAUCAGAAAUAAAUAUAAAGACGUUAUAUCCGGCUUUCGAAAAAGAUAGAAUCUUGAAGUUUUCAGAAUUAUUUGCAACUAAGCUCACCCAGCGUAAAUUACAUCAAUUGAAUAUACAUGCCAAACCACAAGAAGAGUUAAAAUUUGCAAAAGAUGAACGAGAACUAUUUGAAUCAUCAAAACAAUUCGAUGUGUCAGCUGAUGAGAAAUUUGAGGAAUCAGAAGAUAUUAUUGAGCCAGUUGCUUCUUCACCAAUAACCCAAGUUUCUGGUGGUAGCAUGUAUGGAAGUGACUUUGAAGCGGAAGUUCAUCAUGUAAUGGAUAAACCCUUUGAAACAGAAAAGUUAUCUUGGAAAAUCCCAGAAAAAAAUAAUGCAUAUUAUUCUAUUGUUAUGGACACUUGGGAGGAUAAGAUUUUGUGGGAUAGUGAUGAUGAGGACCAGGCGAGCCUUGACAUAGAUUAUAUAUCAGAGUCAGAGGAAUCUAAUGCUAUAAUGGCUUAUCGAAAUACUGAAUUGGAAAGUGGGGAAUGGAUUAAUCAUAUUUUAUGGGACGAUUAUAGUGGACCUAUCCCUUUUGCUAAAUUAACAUUGGACAUGAAUGAUCCGAAUUUGCUUUUUGAUUAUUCUGCCCUCGAUCCACCAAAACCAAUGAAGCCUUUCGGAUUACCCUAUAAACCUGAAAGACGAGUAUAUCAAAGACGACUUAACUUUGGGCGAAUGUACAUUCAACAUUCCUUACCUGCCCUUCAAUUACAUUCACAAUAUUUCAAAACAAAGUUCACUAAAUCGGAUAUUCGAGCAUUACAUCGUCCAUCUAUUCAAUUUCCUCUUGAACAAGAAAUUAAUUUUAAUAAAAUGAAGAAAAUCAAAAAGAAAAAAUUGAGAAGUCGGGAGGCUAUGAAAAAACCAAAAGAUUUGACGCUCAAAGAUAAAUCAGAUUACGUUUUAUUUGAAUAUUCGGAAGAAUAUCCACCGAUAUUAUCGAACAUCGGAAUGGGUGGUCCAGUUGUACUUGAUGUGAUUGAUGAGUCACCGUUCAUGAAUUUUGGUAACGUGGAACGAGGACAAAUCAUAUCAGCAUUAUAUAAUAAUUUAAUUAGAGCGCCGUUAUAUAGGCACGAUGUCAAUGAUACAGAUUUUUUAAUAAUCAGAAACACGAAUAAGGGAAAAUCAAAAUAUUUUAUACGUGAGUUAAAGAACCUUUUUGUAGUUGGUCAAACAUUUCCUAUGCAAGAGGUUCCUUCACCACCAUCUAGAAAAGCGAAAACCAUAGCAAAUACUCGUAUUCAGGUUGCUGCCUUUCGAUACAUGAAAAAGAAUAGAUAUAAUCUUUUAGUUCAGGAUAAACUUACUAAGAAAUUUCCGGAUUAUUCGCUUCAGACACUUCGUGGACGUUUGAAGGAAUUUGCCGAAAUGGCUCGUAAGAAAGGGAAUUUCAAUAAUAGUCCCAUUUGGAAAUUGAAACCUUCAGUUCGUCUUCCUACCGAAGAUGAACUCAGAAGAAUGUUGACGCCAGAGAUGAUUUGUCUAGAAGAAAGUAUGAUGGUGGGAGAAAGACAUCUACAAGAUGCCGGUUAUAAAUCAAUGUGGACUGAAGAAGACGACAAAAACAAAGCGGCUAAGAAAGAUGAUGAUGAUAUUGUGCAAGAUGACAAUAAGUUAGCUAUUGAGGAAUCUAAACUUGCUAUUGAACAACAAUUAGCCCCAUGGAUAACCACGAGAAAUUUUCUUAACGCUACCCAGACAAAUGCCAUGUUAAAAUUACAUGGCGAAGGUGAUCCUACAGGACGAGGCGAAGGUUUUAGUUUUAUUCGAAUAUCAAUGAAAGACAUAUUUCUUAAAGCAGGCGAAUCUGCCCAAGAUAAGCUUGCUGAAAUAGAGAGUAAGCCUAAAAGUGGACACAAAUAUAAUGUAGUUGAACAAUGGAAAAGAUACAAUCAAGAGAUUUAUCGUAUUUGGAAUGCUCAAUAUGCAUCUCUUAGUAAACAUCGAGAUUCUAAUAUGGAUUCUGUAAAACAAGAAGUUACCCUUGAUGAUGCAGGAACUUAUUCAAAUAAUCAAUUCAUGAAAGAAGAUGAUAAUCAGAUCGAUAGUGAUGUUGAAUAUCAGAACAUGAUUGAUUCCGCAAUGCCUGAUCGGGACGAAUCUAUUUCUCCACUACCUAACACUCCUGCAGAAUACGAUGAUGUGACGUCCAUUGACGGAAGUAUCAGCUCCAGAGCGAAUUAUGAUUUUGGAUCCCAUCGUAAUAGAGCGCUUGUUAUAAACAGACUUGUGAGAUCAUCGACAGGAGAAGCAAUAUGGACAAAGACGCAUGUUACAGAUCCGGCUGUGAUCAAUGCAUAUAUUAAUCAAAGACAAAUUAUCGAAGAGCAGACUACAGCCGCCGAGUUAUUAGAACCUACGAAUGAUGAAGAAAGAAAUAAAAGGUUGAGAAAAAGGAUUCAAGAUCAAUUGGCUAAACUACGGAGAAAUCAAGAAAGGCGUCAGCAGCGUAAAGCUGCUCGCGAAGCCGCAAAAGUAGCGGCAGCAGACUCUACGUAUGGACAUCCAAUUAAAGAUAAGAAAACGGACACAAUUAGACGUUGUGGUAAUUGCGGUCAAACUGGUCAUAUGAAAACAAAUAAAAAGUGUCCCCGUUACGGAAUGAACGCAAUUGGAGAAAGUCCUAUGAGCCCUUUAGCAGAUCCGUCUGAAUCUACCGCUCCUACUUCUGAUGCUCCUAUUAUUAAAAUGGAAGGGAGCAAAAUUUUAAUAAGGUCAAAAGCAAUUGCAGAAAAACCUCCCGAAACAACCAGAAUAAAAAUUACGUUACCUUCAAAUGAAGAAGCUUCAAAACGUAAAAGAAAAGCACCGGAUUUAGAUUCGUCUGCUGACCGCAAACGACCAUUUAUCGACGCAACCAGUUUAAUUAUAACUGCUGAAAUUGCACCUGAUUAUAAUACAGUUAUAAAAAAACCGAUCGCUUUAUUACAAAUGCAAAAUAAACAUUCUCGUGGUGAAUAUAAAAAUAUUGCGGAACUUAUGCAAGAUAUGAAACUAAUGGUUAAUAACUGUCGAACCUAUAAUGGUGAUUCUAGCGGUUAUACUGUAAUUGCUAAAAACUUAUUUGCUAAGGCAGAAGAAUUAAUUAGAGAAGCAGGAUUUUAA